GCUUUUCCAUCCCGUGGGCAUGGGAGACUUAUGAAUGUUCCGCUCCUUUGGGGUGUGUUUCUGCCGACUGCCCUGAUGGGAAGACCACAGAGACGCCGAUGGAAUUUCAUGAAUUGCUGGAUUUUGAAUAGGACGAAGAGAUGUGUCUCAUAAGAUACGUCACUUUGAGAUCACAGAAUGAAAGCAGCAUGAAAUGUUAUGGCAAAGACAGCACAAGAAGAUACAAGAAUCUCACAGAUCCUCAAAAAUCAGGUGCUUGGCACACCGAACUUACUGAUCUGUGUAGGAUUUGUGCUGUGGUCCAUUUAUUGAAGAUGUGAAACAACAUCAAGUCUGAGAUUGGAAUUACUGACAGACUGGAGGAAAUUUUAGUCCUUGUGAUGCACAUGGACAUGCUGAAUUAUAAGUAAUUCUAGUUUCUCCUCCCCUCCCCUCCCUUCCCCUCACUCAGCUAUCUCAGGGUUCAUAGAGAUUUCAAUGGUUUGUGUGCCUGUAAGUUUGGAACAGAAGUGACCAAAAAUGGGGGACCAGCAAUUGUAUAAAACUAAUCAUACUGCCAACAACAAUGAGAACUUGUACUACGAACAGCACCAAAUGAACUCCCUUCCAUCUCUAAAUCACAGCUAUGGGACAUCUGUUAUGGAUGCUCCCCAGGCGUCCCCCCUCUCCCCUCCAUUUCCCCAAGAUUCAAGGGACAGUAUAGCUUUGCCUGUAGGUUCAAAAAGUCUUGGGUCAAUGGAUACAUCUAGACAAACCAGUUGGACACAUUCUGGCUCAGGAAACCAUGUCACAGCGAGGAAUAGUUUGAAUAAUCAAAGCUCAAUGUGGAGCCCCCUCGGGCAGGGGGAGUCCCAUGACGGAUACCAAUAUUCUUACUCCCAACCCAGUGAAAACCGAUCACAAAAAAUUACCAGUGGGGUCCUGCACAAAUUGGACUCCUUUACACAAGUAUUUGCUAACCAAAAUCUGAGAAUUCAAGUCAACAACAUGGCUCAGGUUCUUCACACCGAGUCUUCAAUGGUGGAUAAUUCCGGUGACAGUGCACUCAGGCAGCUGCUGUCCCAGAAGCCAGCGGUCGAGCAGCAACCCGUAACUUCCUCCGUACAAAGAUACCAACCAGUGCCACAGCAAACACACCAGAAUUUUGCAAGCACACAGCAAAAGCAACAAAUGCAAGUCAUGCAGCACCAACAGUUGUACUACGACUACCAGCAGCACUUAUCACAGAUGCAGAUGCAUUCUGCGUUCCAGCAGGGACAGGCGCACGUUCCGCAAAUGCAGUCCCAGCAGCUCCUACCGCAGCAGAUGCAGCACUUGCAGCAGCCUCAGUACUACGCUCAGCCCCAGCAGGGACACCAGCGGCUCUCGAUCCAGGACAUCCAGCAGCAGCAGCCAGCUCGGCAGCAGCGGCAGUGUCCAGUGCAGAUCGCUCAGUAUUACCAAACACAACCUGUCAUGCAGCAGUUACAGCAGCAGCAGCAGCAGAUGCAACUGCCGCUUCCUCCGUAUCACAGGGAACCCGAUCCAAAGACUAUGCAUGAACCACACCAGUACUCUCAGGAUCCCAGUCAUCCUGUGCAGCUUAUCCAGUUGGGAGCAGUGCCUCAGUAUUGCUUCCAAGAUCCCCACGAACAGUACAGGCACUUGUACCCCCAGAGUUUACUGCAGCAGCAGCAGCAAGAUCAGCAGAAGCAAUACCUGAGUGAGAGCAGAGUGCCAUCCCUGAACUCCCACAUUGGCCUCACUCCACCAGAUACCGCCGAGGAUCCCUCACGGCAGGAGAUUAAUUCUGCAGGUAAUGCUGUCCCUCAUCGAACUCUUUUGCUACCUUCGGGAGUUCAUCUGAACAACAAAAGCUCUCAGCAAGACUCUCCCAGUACCACAUGGCCUCAGCAGGUGCAACUGUCAGAUGGCAGACUGCAGCCACUGUCCCCAGAACAAAGUGGCCAAAACAGAGAAACACUUCCUGAGAGACCUGAUGCGAAGAACAAGCUAAUGUGUUCAAUAUGCUUGAAGGAAUUUAAGAGUUUGCCUGCUCUAAAUGGUCACAUGAGGUCACACGGAGGAGUAAGAGCAUCUCCUAACUUCAAACAGGAUGAAGGAGAGAAACCACCACAGCAGCCGCUGUCUAAAGAGGUGGAUGGCCUCGCGCCCAUCGUCAUGCCAGUGUCUGUCCCUGUAAAGCUUCUGUCACCUGAGCCCAGCACGCAGCCCUCUGCCAGCACUGCCACAGUCACAGACAAGCCUGCCAACUCUGUGUCAGAUGACGAGAUGCCCGUUCUCGUGAAGAUGACUUACUCUCCACCGUGCAGUCCAAAAAUGGCCAACCCCUGCUCAUCCUCUGAAACUAGCAAAAAACCUCAUCCAAGUGCUGUAAAAUUGGAAGAAAAUUUCAAACCGUUGCAGGACAAGAAGAAGUAUCGGCACAGACCCGAACCUCUCUUCAUACCUCCUCCUUCCUUCAACCUCAGCAUGUCCCACUCCGGUGCCACUCUGUACCAGAGUCAGCUUCGUUCUCCCCGUGUUCUGGGCGAUCACCUGCUGGACCGGACACAUGAGCUGCCCCCCUACACUCCACCACCCAUGCUCAGUCCCGUCCGGCAAGGGUCUGGUCUCUUCAGCAGUGUUCUCACUUCUUCUCACAGCACAUCACAUGCUCAGCUGCCACUUACUCCACUGACACCCACUCCACGGGUGCUCCUGUGCCGGUCUAAUAGUAUUGAUGGAAGUGUCAUUCCAGUGACGCCUGGGCCUGGAGAACAGACUGUUGAACCGCGAAUCAAUAUUGGGUCCAGGUUCCAGGCUGACAUUCCUGAGCUGCAGGACAGAUUGCUGAUGGAGAAAGAUGUGCACAAGGCUACUUUGGUUUGGAAACCAUGGCCAGAACUGGAGAACAAAGUCUUCCAACAAAGAGUGGAAGACCUUUUAAAUAUGAGCUGUUCCAGUGUGUUACCUGGUGGAGGAACUAACUCAGAAUACGCUUUGCACUCUCUCUUUGAAGCAAAAGGAGAUAUUAUGGUUGCUCUUGAAAAGCUGCUGUUGAGAAAGCCAGUGAGAUUGAAGUGUCAUCCUUUGGCAAAUUACCACUAUGCCGGCUCUGACAAAUGGACACAUCAAGAAAGGAGACUGUUCAAAGAGGCGUUGUCCACCUACAGCAAAGAUUUCAUAUUUGUACAGAAAAUGGUUAAGUCUAAGACAGUUGCACAAUGUGUGGAAUACUACUAUACAUGGAAGAAAAUCUUGCGUUUGGGACGGAAACACAGAACACGUUUAGAGAAGAAAAGAGAUGAAUGCUUGACAAGUGGAGAAGAGGAAGUGUUAGAGGAAGAUGAGGAGAUCGAAGAAGACAGAAAGGAAGAAAGGGAAAUGCAGAAAUCACCUGACCCACCAGCAAUCUCUCUUGUUGGACCUAUAGAUGUACCUGCCGUUCAGGGUCUUUCACUGUCUUCAUCCUCCUUCAUCUGUGAAAUGCCAAACUGUGGCGCUGUGUUCAGUUCCCGACAAGCGCUGAAUGGCCACGCUCGCAUUCACGGAGGUACGAACCAGGUGACAAAAACACGCUGCACCAUUCCCGGAACUAAGCAGAAAUCUGGUACGCAGAGCGGAUACUGCUCCAUCAAGAGCUCACCUGCCCACAGCACAACAAGCGGCGAGACCGACCCAACGACAAUUUUUCCUUGCAAGGAGUGUGGCAAGGUCUUUUUCAAAAUCAAAAGCCGCAAUGCUCAUAUGAAGACUCACAGACAACAAGAAGAACAGCAAAGGCAGAAGGCUCAGAAAGCUGCUGUGGCAGCAGAAAUGGCAGCCACUAUUGCAAGAACUACUGGGCCAGCUGGGCAUAGUUUGAUCCCCCUGGAUCACAUGAGUUUGGUUAAACACGUUGAAAAUGUUGGUGACAUUGAUGAUGAUGUUGUUCCGGAUCUGGGUGAUGUCAUGGAAGAGAAUGAAGUUAUGGAUGCUGACCUCUUACUGGAUGAUGAAGAUCCAGAUCUACUGCAGGAUGAUGCUGAGUUGUAAAUAAAGUCAUUUGAUAGACAGCUACUGAGCACACCCUGAAUGGAUCAAUCAGGAAACCUGGACUGCUUGUUUAUUCCCACUGAUUGUAAACUACCUGUUGAAAAUUAUAAUUCUUUUAUCCAGGUCGAGGAAAAAAAAAAAAUCUGCUUUUUUCCCUUUUUUUUUAUUAAUUUGUGUUUUGGGGGAAGAAAUAAAUAAUUGGUACAAAUAUUCUUAUAAGCUGUUUUUAUCUGAGCUCUUUUUGCUGAUAACUUCCAAGGCCACUAAUUACAGAAGUUCAUGGUUCUGCUAUCAGUUCCUACCAGAUGGUCCUGGUAGAAUCUUUAGUCUUUAACUCUUCCAAGUUUCAUUUUACCCCCAUUACAAGAAUAAAUUUCACACACUUCUGAUGAAACAUUUUUUUUGCCUAUAUUGGAUCAUUUCCAGCAUCUUCUAGAGAGUAAAUGUCAUCUCUCUUAAAGAUAUGAUUACAUUAUUUGUCUUUGUACUGCCAUUUUAGGCGAGAUGGAGGAAAAAAAAAAAAUCUGGUUUUAACUGUGAAAGAGUUAGUAAUAUCACAGUUCAUUUUCAGUUCUGUCUUGGUUACACAGGACAUUUUAGACCUUCCAUUUUAGCAAGGUUUUGAUCUGCUGAUUUUAAAAUUACCUAAUUUCAAGGAUUGAAGAAAGAAAAUGAUUGUUCUGUGGUUCACAUCCUCUGAUGGGAACACUGAAUCAGAAACGCUGCCUUGGUAAUCAGAUUGCACUGGAAAUAUUGUCCCAUGACAAUAAAUCACACUGUGGAAUAGCCAUCUCGGUGGUUUUUGGGGAGUGUGCUUGAGCAAUGCUUGCUCUCUCACCAGGCAAACACAGGGAAGCAUUCUUGCCAUUGGAAAAGAAACUGAUACACUUUCAGCACCUAGGUAUAAUGUGUUAUUCUUGUGCCAUUUUCAUUCCUCUUCAUUACAUCAAAUUCAGCUGCUGUUUGUUUAUUAUAAACAUGCUGCAAAGGUGAGUUGAUGUUGCUGUUUAAUGAUUAUUUCUCCUCCCUUAGGUUCCGAUCUACAUGCUGGACACCUGACACAGUUUAUAUAAAUUUAGAUUUGGUUCUCCGAUUAAACAGGAUCUCGAAAGAAUUGUAAGCUGCAGAAUAAAAAAAUUAAAGAAGAAAUGGAGUUAGGUUGAGUGGACCUUUAAUUACAGAAUGUGAAUGCUGAUUGCAGAGUGCUCACAGGCAGCAGCACUGGUUUUCUUGUGAAUUUUGCACAGUAGAGGACUGUUGUUAACUUUAUAGUUAUAAGACGUAUUUCAGAUCUAGGAUUCGGGUCUGUUUGGGUGGGGUUUUUUUAUGGGUUAGGUUUUAUUUUAUUGGGUUCUUUUUGCCAUAUUCCUAAUACCUUCACCAUAAUCUGAGGGAUGGUAGGUCUUAUUUUCUACUUGUUAUCCUUGUUUAACUAUGCAAAAUGAGGGUAAAUCACAACACUUUUAUAGGAGUUACUGGAUCACACAAGUUCAGAACCAGUGAGACCCACUGACAGAGAGAGGUGCCUUCUCUGUCAAAGCCAAAUAAGUAAAGCCAAAUGACCAUUAGUUUCUACUUAAGUCAAAUGUUCUGAUGCUAAAGAACAACUCUUCAGGAGAAUGGAAAUAACUUCUUAGUUUUCGGUUAGUGAAGUUCCUGUGUAUGUGGUUGUUUUAAUGUUUUGGGGGGGGGUUUCCAGAGGUUUCUGUGGUAUGGUUUGACCAGUGGGUGGAAUUUCACUCCUGUCACGUAAGAGGUGAUGUUCUCACUCACUAUACCCUUGAGCUUCAGGAGAUCAGUCAGCAGCAGCCUUUUCUUCCCCAACCUGCCACUCGGCACAUUCCCCAGCAGUUCCUGUCCAUGCUGUGACAUUUUACUUUUACUAUUGCCAUAUGCAACCCAGGUUCAGCAGUCUGGGUGCUCAGCUGUGUACCACCAGUGAGACCUGCUGACAAAAAAAUCUCAUAGAUAGUGCAAGUCUUUGUGGUUUGCAAAGUGGAGGCUUUUGUGAGCAUUAAAAUGUGUUGGCUUUCAGGAGCCUCUGUUAGAAACAGCCCAGCAGAGUCUACUCUUCUUCUCCCAAGCUUGUAUAAUUUUGAACUGUUAAUAAAGGAUCUUUGUGAGAAACCUCUACACUGGAAAUUGGACAGUUUUUCAGUUCCUGGUGGUUAAAACCUGUUUAAGCAAAAUUAUGAUUGAAAUCAGAGUUCUGCUUGAAGAACUGGCUGAAAUACAGUAGAAACUUAGGAGCUUGAUUCUGAAGAGCAGCUCUAUAUUAAAGAGUGACAGUGGCACUUUUUUAGUAACAAUUGGAUGAGACCUGUGCUAAACUUAGUAUCUAUAAAUACAUAUGUAUACACACAUACAUACAUACACCUGGUUAAGUAACAUUAAUUGGGUGCUGUUGUAUUGUACAGCCAAGAAUAUCAUAGAACAACGAUAACCAAAGAAGUUAUUCAUAAAGAAAAAAAAGAAAAAAAAGAAAUGCACAUUUCCUAAGCAGUACAUUAUUUAGGCCUCAAACAUUGACUUUGUCAUUAUUAAGUGUUGCAUUGGCUGAUGUUAAUUGUGCUGUUCUGACUAUUUGUACGUGAGCUGAAAUAGUUUUGUUUCAGAAACUUCUUUUCUUGCUGAUGGUUGAUGAUGGAAAACUUCAUUAUUGGAGCUAGUCCUCUUUGAUAAAACCUGUACAUACAGAAAACAUAUUUUAUGAGAAAAAUCUUAUUUUCAAUAUUUAACUGUUAUUUUAUUAGAAGAUGGUUGUGUAAAUAUUUUAGGCGUUUUAGUGUAAAAAGCGAACUGUAAUUUUAGGUGGCAGAGGAAGUAACAAAAUAAAAAAAUAUAUACAUUUGAUAGA